AUGACUCAAUUUUUAAAAGCUCAUGGUAUACUUCAUCAAAUGUCUUGUCCUUACACACCUUCGCAGAAGGGAGUUUCUGAGUACAAACACAAGCACAUCAUUGAAACAACCAUUGCUUUGUUACAUCAUUCUUCUAUGCCUUUACAUCCUACUGCUACUCCUCCUCCUCUGUCUGAGCCUCAUGUAGUUCAGUCUCAGCCUAUUCAGCCUUCUAAUCCAAAUCUUUCUUCUCUUAACCUUCCACUUAUCAAUAAGCUCUUACUUCUCCAGUCUAGUAUGCUGCAAUGCUUGAUGAGUAUCAUGCUCUUCUUGGUCAAGAAGACCUCCAAUGAUAUUCUCAUUCUCUUGGUCUAUGUAGAUGAUAUUCUACUUAUUGGCAGUAGUUCUCUUCUUCUUCAAGAACUAAUUGGUCAAAUGCAUGUUGCCCUUGCAAUGAAGGAAUUAGGCAACAUUUCUUACUUUCUUGGUGUUUCUAUUCAAACUAUGGGAGCUAAUUACUUCUUGUUCCAGCAAAAAUAUGCUUCUGAAAUUCUUCUUAAGGUUGGCAUGACCUCUUGUGAACCCUGCAAUUCACCUAUUUCAGUCAAGCCUGCUGUCACUCUUGUUUCUUCUCUGCGUUUUGCUCAACCCCAGUUAUACAGAAGUCUUGUUGGUGCAUUGCAGUAUUUAACCAUCACACGCACUGAUCUGUCUUUAGCAGUUAACCAAGCCUGCCAACAUAUGCAUGAUCCCACUAAUGGCAAUUUUUCCAUUGUUAAACGUAUUCUCCGAUUUGUUAAAGGUUCCCUCUCUUAUGGCCUCACAUUUUCUCCCAGUUCUUUUGAGCUUCAAGCUUUUUCUGAUUCUAAUUGGGCUGGGGAUCAUUUGGAUAGACGAUCUACAUCCAGCUAUUGCAUUUAUCUUGGCUCUAAUCUCAUGCUACUACAUGAUCUGCAUCUUCCUACUACUUCCUCUCAUAUUCUUUGGUGUGAUAACCUCUCCGCUAUUGCCCUUGCUUCAAAUUCGGUGUUUCAUACUCGCUCUAAAUACAUUGAAAUUGAUUGUCACUUUAUUCGUGAGAAGGUUGCAGCCAAGAAAGUUGCUCUCAAGUAUGUUCCUUCUGUGGAUCAAAUCGUUGACAUUUUUUACAAAACCUUUAUCCAGUUCCAAAUUUCAAUUUCUCAAGACCAAGUUGUUGGUCAUUUCCUCUCCCAUCAGCUUGCAGUGGACUGA